GUCGAAAUGAAAAGGGUCAGCUGGGUCACGGGGACACCAAGCGCCUGGAGGCCCCAAAGCUGAUUGAGGCCCUCGCAGACGAAGUGGUGGUGGCUGCAGCCUGUGGACGRAACCACACCCUGGCAUUGACAGAGGGUGGCACCGCCUACUCGUUUGGAGAGAACAAACUGGGCCAGCUGGGCCAGGGCAACCAAACAGAUGCAGUCCUCAGUCCAGCCCUGAUCCAGUACAAUGGGCAGCCCUUGGUCAAGGUGGCAUGUGGGGCAGAGUUCAGCAUGGUGGUGGACUGCAAAGGAAACCUCUACUCGUUCGGGUGCCCAGAGUAUGGCCAGCUAGGACACAACUCUGAUGGCAAGUUCAUUGCCCGSGCUCAGCGCAUCGAGUUUGACUGUGAGACCAUUGCACGCCGCGUGGCCAUCUUCAUCYAGAAGAGUAAGGACGGCCAGGUGACGCCUGUACCUAACGUGGUGGUCCGAGACGUCGCCUGCGGAGGCAAUCACACGCUGAUAUUGGACUCCCAGAAGCGGGUGUUUUCCUGGGGCUUUGGUGGUUAUGGACGGCUGGGUCACACGGAGCAGAAGGACGAGAUGGUGCCCAGACUGGUGAAGCUCUUUGACUUCCCCYGGCGCGGGGCAUCCCAAAUCUACACUGGCUAUCAGUGCUCCUUCGCUYUAAAUGAGAUGGGAGGGCUGUUUUUCUGGGGGGUCACCAAUACCUCGCGGGAGUCUACCAUGUACCCCAAGUCCGUGCAGGACCUGUGUGGCUGGAAGGUCCGCAGUCUGGCGUGCGGGAAAAGCAGUAUCGUUAUCGCUGCAGACGACAGCACCAUCAGCUGGGGACCCUCCCCCACCUUUGGGGAACUGGGAUACGGAGACAACAAGGCCAAGUCCUCCACUACUGCUCAGGAGGUGAAGACCCUGGAUGGAGUUUACACUGAACAGGUGGUGAUGGGAUACGCACACUGCCUGGUCAUCGCCAGACAGGAUACUCCACAGGAACAAGAGAAGCUCAAGAAGCUGCCAGAGUACAACCCACGCACGCUCUGAUAGGGCACCAUCCAGCUGCCUCACCUUUUAUUUUUUUACUCCAGAGACAACCGAUUCUCCAGAAUGCACCUGCCCUUUAUGUCACCUUUGUAAGUCAUGAUGGAUGGCUGGGGAGGGUGGGCUUCCAUGAAUAUGUAUGCAUACACUUUGAAAAACAAGUCAGGUCUAGGCCAUAGAUUCAGAGGUUAAAUGAAAAAAAUGCGCCACAACAACUAAGACUGAAACAAAUCCACUGGACAGAAUACAUCCUGCUCACAACGCUUGUCAGAUUUCUACAGCUGGAUAGAGGAACUCUACCACUCAACUCUCCAAGCACGUUAUUCCUCUCUGGGUUCUACUCCUACCCCAAAAUCCAUGCAACUCCACUGAAGAGUUCACUAUAUUUUCAUGAAGUCUUUUUAUUCUUCUGUUGAACUGAUCAAUGUCCUCUCCCUCACCAUAACAGGUGCUACAUCAGUCCUCUUUGGGCAGAUUCAUUUCCAAGUGAGGGAUCACUUCAAGACCAACACUCCAUGCCUUUUAAAAUUGUCGUUUGGGGGUAUGGAGUAAAUGUUUCUUUGUGUUUGUUCCCAAAGACCAAUUGCUGAAUUUAGUUUAAUUUGUUCAUGAGGUCCAUGGCAGUAUUAGUCUUUGUCAGGUCGAUCUGUAUGCAUUGUCAGAACACAAUCGGGAUCUGAGACAUUUGUGUCACCAAGUUGAUGCUCUCCGGCCAUUGACUUAUGUUACAUUCUUUGGUUUCUCUUCACUUGUAUGAUUAAAUGUUGGCGUUGAGGAUGCGCAACUGUCCCUCAAAGGCCACUGUCUGCUUGUUGUCA